GCGUCGUCGUCCUCCCUCCCUCUUUUCCUCCUUUCCCAUGCCCUCGCUGGAUGGCUUCGGAGUUUGGAUUGCGUCUAGAGCUUCUGCUGCUGCUGAGCAAAAAGAGAAGAAGCUAAUCUCUCUUUCAGAAGCUCUCUCUCUCUCGGCGUUUGAUUUGACCUCGCCUCCUUCUCCUCUGGUGCGUGCGUGCGUGGUGGAGAUGAAGGAGGGAGGAGGGAGGCAGCAGUGGCCGUGCGACUACUGCGGGGAGGCGGCGGCGGCGCUGCACUGCCGGGCGGACGCGGCGCGGCUCUGCGUCGCGUGCGACCGCCACGUGCACGCCGCCAACGCGCUCUCCCGGAAGCACGUGCGGGCGCCGCUCUGCGCCGCCUGCGCCGCUCGCCCCGCCGCCGCCGCGCGCCUCGCCUCCGGUUCUUCCGACCCGGAGUUCCUCUGCUCCGCCUGCGACGACGACGGGGCGUGCGAGGGUGCUGGAGCAGCGCGCGUGCCCGUCGAGGGCUUCUCCGGCUGCCCCGCCGCCUCCGAGCUCGCCGCCUCCUGGGGCCUCGACUUGCUCCAUCCCCUACCCACCGACGGAUGCGGCGGCGGCGGCGGAAUCGGGCGCGGGGAGCAGGAAGAUGAAGAGGACGCGCUCUUCUUCUCCUCCCUCGACUACUCCAUGCUGGUCGACCCCGAGAUGCGGGACCUCUACGUCCCCUGCGACCCGCCCGACUCUGGGGGGCGGCCGCUCAAGGGGGAAGCUCUGUGCCAGCAGCUCGCGGAGAUGGCGCGCCGGGAGACACAAUCGCACCCGCCGCCGCCGCCUCAGCAGCAGCAGUACACGCCGGAUCUGAGCCCCCGCACGCCUCGCCGCUCCUCCGCCGGGCCGGAGAAGCAGCACCAGCAGCCCCCGCCGCUGCCUCAGGAGCCGCCGUUCCCCUACACGUCGCUGCUCAUGAACAUGAUGCCGCCCGACAACCUCGCCGCCGGCAACAACGACCGCCUCCGUGACGACGAAGCUGGACAGCAGCUUCAGUGGGAGUUCACCGCGCCCUCCUCUGUGCCACCCACCCAGAUAUGGGAUUUCAAUUUAGGAAGAUCAAGGAACCACAACGAGAACUCUGCACUUGAAGUUGAAUUUGGUUCAAACAAUGGAGGCUUUAUGAUCAAGAGUUAUAAUGACAUGCUCAAGGAAAUUUCUUCUGGGACAACGAAAGAUCUGGAAGAUAUUUAUGACUCGGGAUACUGUGCAGCUGCUGAAGAUAUCAUGUCAACAAAUAUCUGUCAGUUGUCAUCCAAAAAUGUGAGCACUGCGAGCAACAAGCGGAAGGUCAGCUCAUGCACCUCGACGAUCGAUGGGCCAACAACCUCGGGGAACUAUGUGCCUACUUCCGGGCCCUUGGGUAGCUCUUCCCAGGACAGAGGAGCAGCUCUCGCUAGGGAGAUCUCCUUCGGUGAACAAACCAUUGUCCCAACCGGAGCUGACAGGCCUACCACAAGGAUCGACAGCGAGACGCUCGCACAGAACAGGGACAGCGCGAUGCAGCGGUACAGAGAGAAGAGGAAGAACCGCAGGUAUGAGAAGCACAUCAGGUACGAGUCGCGGAAGCUGAGGGCAGACACCAGGAAGCGGGUGAAAGGCCGGUUCGUCAAGUCGAACGAAGCACUCAACGCCAGCGGCAAUGGCGGAUGAGCCUUCUUCGCGGCCUCCUCUUCUAGCCUGUUCUUUUUGCGCAGCACCUAAGCACCUCAACUAAUUUGUUUCUCGUCAUGACGUCGUAUCUUGAGCACCGUGAUCACCCAUAUACACCGGAGGGUUGAUAAUCUGUAUCAUGGUGUGCUUUUUUGCAAGAGAACUCUCUCCGUUGUGAGAACUCAGAACCCAGAGAUAGCCAGCUUAAUCUUAAGCUCUGAUAUGAGCUAAUAUAAAUGUGUUAAAUGUGUUA